UUCUUCAGUUUCUUCUCAUUCUCAUUUCUUUACAAAUUUGCUUUAGUUGUGUCUUAAAACUGAUAUUUUAAGUUCCUUUACCAUGGAUAACUUAAAACAGUUCAACACUAUGGGACAAGAAGACAACUGGAGAACACAAACAUUUCGUCAAAAUGUCGUCACUAAAAUUGAAGAGGCAAUCCAGAGAUCAGGCAUGCAGGUGGCACGCAACAGCAGUGAGAUGGAGAACCACGUGUUCAAGAAGGCCAAGACCCGCGAGGAGUACAUGAACAUGGUCGCCAAGCUCAUCCUGCAUGUACGAGACUAUAACGCGCAAACCAAGCAAAACCAAGGCGCGCCAAACAUGCAAGGCCCCAACCAGAACCAGCCAGGCCAGAGCCCUCAGGUUCAGCAGCAGCAGCAGCAGCAGGGGCCAGGCCAGCCCGGGAUGGCCCCCGACCCCAUCAACGCACUCCAGAACCUCGCGUCCCAGGGCUCCCGCAAUCAGAUGAUGAACAUGGGCCCGCAGCAAACGCAGAUGCAGCAGCAAAUGGGGCCCAACCCUAAUAUGCAGAUGCAGGGGCAGAUGCAACAGGGCCAGAUGAGUAACCAAGGCCCGCAGGCUCAGACAGCCACGAACCUGCUGCAGACGUUGACGCAGCGGCCGCCGCUGAACAUGCAGCACAAGAUGGGACCGAUGGGCAUGGUGCCUAAUCAGGGGCAAAUGGGCAACAACAUGAUGGGCAUGGGCAACCCGAUGGGCAACCAGCUGCAGGGCCAGCUCGGACCGGGCAUGCAGGGGCAGAUGAUGCCCAACAUGGCCAUGGGCAACCAGGGCAUGCAGGUGCCCAUGGGCCAGCAGGGCAUGGGGCAGAUGCAGUGCGGGCAGGUGGGCGGGCUCGGCGGGCAGAUGCAGCAGCAGGGCAUGCAGGGGCAGAUGCCGGGGCAGAUGGGCAUGGGCGGCAACCAGAUGGUGUCGAUGGGCAUGCUGCAGCACAUGGGGCGCGUCGGCGGCAAGGAGGCCGGCGGCAUGCUCGGCGCCGGAUACUCUCGCGCGCCGCCGCCCGGGCAGUUCCUGCGCCAGAGCCCGUCCCCCUCCGCCAUGUCGCCCAUGCAGGGACCCAGCCCUGCUAGCAUGGGAGUGAUGGGUGGUCCGAUGCAGUCGCCGCUGCCGCUGGGCCCGAUGGGCGGCUGCGCCGGCGUGGGGAGCCCCUCGCCCUCCGCGCCGCCGCACAUGCAGCACCAUCCUCAGCAGCAACAGAGGGGCGUAACAAUGAACAUGGUAGCCUCCCCCUCUUCUUCCCUCAACACCCCAGUGGGGGGGCAGGGGUCUCCGGGGGGCGAGGAGGCAGCCUACCGGGACAAGGUUCGCCAGCUGUCCAAGUACAUCGAGCCACUGCGACGCAUGGUACACCGCAUGAUGGGCGAGGGAGAGAACGUGGAAAAGCUGACAAAGAUGAAGAACCUCCUAGACAUCUUAUCCAACCCUCACAAGCGCAUGCCCUUAGACACGCUCAUGAAGUGCGAGGUGGUGCUGGAGAAGCUGGACUUCAAGCGCAGCGAGGGCCUGCCGCCCUCCGGUGCACAGGGGAAGGAGCAGAUCUUCAACCCUCUGCUGGAAGUAGUGAACAAGUGCCUGCAGUCGCCGCUCGCCAACCACACGCUGAAGAGGACCUUCGGGUCUACCCUGCACGCGCUGAAUGGACCGGAGAUUAAAAACCUUCCACCACCAGCUAAAAUAGCCAAGGUAGAAGAACCUCCCAUGGAGAUCCCUGACGUUUUACAAGGAGAAAUAGCCCGACUCGACUCUAGAUUCAAGGUAUCUCUAGACACGAUGCAGACCCUCGGCUCAGAAGGCAGCAUCUCGUUAUUCGCGGAGCUACAAUCAGCGCGACUCCCCUGCGUGCCCCCUCUACAGGUGUUCGUCCCGCGCGGCUACCCCGCGUCCCCGCCCGCCGCGUCCGUGGCCCGCGCCGCGCACUCCAAGCCCGACCACUUCCUGAAGCUGCUCAACAAGGCCAUGGACCACAAGUGUGCCAGAUUACCAAAGAACUGCUCCGUGGGCCAGCUACUAGACGCGUGGGAGAUGAGCGUGCGACAAGCGUGCGCGCCCAACGCGACCACGGCUAACUACGCGCCCGUGCCCGCGCUAGGGAUAUAAGGUUCUAAGUGAUAGGAGCUACGUGUGAUGUGAGGGACCUUGUCGGAGUAAUAUGUAUGUGACGUCUGUAAAACUUGCGGCUAAGUUGUAAAGCCAGUAUGAUGCGCUGGGACAUUGUCGAAUUUUUAUGCAUGUGAUGGUUGUGAAACGUGCGGAGAUAAAGAAACUAUGUAUAUGGAAAUGGAGGACGAGUGGGCUACCUCGUCUUAU